AUGGAUGCAGCCAGCACCACACCAGCGCAAUACCAGUGUCCAGAGUCGCAGCAGCAGCAGCAGCAGCAGCAGUCUGAGCAGCACCAGUACCCUCAACACCAGCAGCAAAGCCACGAGCAGCAGCAGCAACAGCAGCUGUAUCAACAACUCGAGCAACAACUGUACGAUCGGUCGGGACCACAACACACAGCAACAGCAGCAGCAGCAGCACACCGAAGUGGCAACAGCACCAGCUCCAACGUACGGCAGCUACAGCAGCAACUCAAUCGUCAUCUCUACCAUCGCUACCAGUCGCAGCAGUCCUUGGCGGCAGAGCAUCAGCACCAGCAGCACCCGCAGCUACAGCGCAUCGAUCACCUGUUUGGUGCGGAUCAUCAUCGGCUCGAGCCACUCGCCUUCACGUCCCCACUGCAAGCCCCACUGAGUAGCAGCAGCGCUUCGUCGGCAUCCUGCAGUACGCCAUCACCGGGGGCCGGGACACCAGCAACACCGCCACCGGCCACUGGCACGUUCUGAGCCGAGUCCGAGUAGGCGAAGCCAAUGGGCGCAACGUUUGAAGAUGCGUUUGACCCCACGCUACGGGGGGCAACGGAAGCGACCCGGGAUCAUCGAUUGGCUGUUGGCCGAGUUUUUGGAGUGGCUCUUCGGUGGCCACUGAGGUCCUCUGUCGGGGAACCAGGUCCAGUCUAGAGCUAGAGAGAGAGAGAGAGAGAGAGGGAGAGCGGUGUCGCUGGAAGCUUCAGUCCCCGGGGAAGACGACCUUCAGAUUUCGGUUUCUACGGCGGAAACAAAUGAUGAUGCUGGCUUUGCAUCAUUAGCAUGACUUUUUGUUAGCCUUCCUGCUACUUCUUCUUCAGUUUCGAAUUGAUCUUGGGCGGCUUGUUAGGGUGAUGGCAGAUGAGUGGGGGGG